AUGGUGACUGGUGUAUUGAUUGGAUAUUACGUACCAAAUGUACAACCUGCAUUUGCAACAGUACAGUUUGGAUCAGUGUCUGUUCCUAUUGCCGUUGGAUUGCUUGUAAUGAUGUACCCUGUUCUGUGCAAAGUUCAGUACGAACGUCUUCCUGCCCUCUUGACAGACAAAAAUGUUUGGAUUCAGAUCGGAAUCUCAGUCUUCAUCAAUUGGAUUAUUGGGCCAAUCGUUAUGACAGCUGUUGCAUGGGCUACGCUUCCCGACCUUCCUGGAUUUAGAACUGGCGUUAUCAUGGUCGGUCUUGCCAGAUGUAUUGCAAUGGUCUUGAUUUGGAACCAAUUGGCUGGUGGUGAUGCCGAUUAUUGUGCAAUCCUUGUAGCUAUCAACUCGGUGCUUCAGAUUGCCUUAUAUUCCCCUUAUGCGGUGCUUUUUAUCAACAUCAUUCCCGGGUGGUUUGGUGCUCCAGUAGAUACCACAAUUGAUGCAUCGAUCUGGCCUGUUGCUCAGUCUGUCUUGAUCUACCUCGGUAUUCCUUUGGCAGCUGGCUUUUUGACACGCUUGGUUUUGUGUUACCUCAAAGGAAAACAAUGGUACAAUGCCAAAUUUGUUCCUCACGUCGGACCUUUUGCUCUCCUCGGACUCAUUUAUACCAUCAUUGUCAUGUUUGCCAACCAGGGCCAUCAUAUUAUUGACAAUAUUGGAUCUGUCUUUAGAGUGGCAGUUCCACUUGUACUUUACUUUGCGAUCAUGUUCUUUUUGCCUUUCUUUAUUCUUAAGCGUCUCAGAGUCCCUUAUCCGCUUGUUGUUACCCAGUCAUUUACGGCUGGAAGUAACAACUUUGAGCUUGCUAUUGCUGUAGCAGUUGGUACCUAUGGUAUCGAGUCCGAGCAGGCAUUGGCUGCCACUAUGGGCCCUCUCAUCGAAGUACCGGUGCUGUUGGCUUUGGUGUACUUGUCUUUAUUGUUCAAGAAGAAGCUGGCAUGGAACCAGAAGCCUAGUACAUGCACAUCAUGCUAAAUAUACCAGAAGGGGUGUAUUACUGGACAAUAGUCCUCUCUGCAUCUUUGCUAUUGUAGAGUAUUAAAUUGAAAUAAAAGAAGUGAAAUAUU